AUGGCAGUGCCACCACAAGCAGCAGGCAUAGCAGAGUCCCAGCUGCAGCUCGUGGCCUGGCGGGUCCUGAGCUUCCCCAACUUCCCCAAGCCCAGCAUCCUAUUCCAGGACAUCGGUCCUUUGCUAAAGGACCCAGAUACCUUCUGUGCUUCCAUUGAACUUUUGCCUGAUCACCUGAAAGAAAGUCACAAGACAAAGACUGAUUAUAUUGCAGGUUUGGAUGCUCAGGGUUUCCUGUUUGGUUCCUCCCUGGCCCAGAAAUUCGGAAUAGGGUUUGUGCUCAUUAAAAAGGGAGGGAAGCUUCCAGGGCAUGGUGCCCACCACUCCCUGGAAUAAGGUCAGGCAGAGCUGGAGAUCCAGAAAGACACCAUGGAGCCGGGCCAGAAGGCGGUGAUUAUGGAUGACCUGAUGGCCACCGGAGGUACCAUAGGGGCAGCCUGCAAGCUGCUGCAAAGUCUGAAGGCCGACAUGCUGGAGGGCCUGACUGUGGUGGAGCUGACAUCCCUGAAGGGGAGGAGAGAAAAGCUGGCCCCCAUGCCCUUCUUCUCCUUACUGCAGUAUGACCGAGGCCAGGCUGCCAUCAGCACCUUCUCCACCAGCUGGAGAUGGCAGACAGGUUUUCAUCUACACAAUUAG